UCUUUCAAGUUUCUUCACUCUUUUCUGUCUCUCUCUCUCUUUUCAUUUCAAAAACUCUCACUCUCAGACUCAGUCUCAAACUGAAAUCCUUUUGUUCCGGCGAUUCUGUCGGACUGCCGGACUCACGAUUCCGUCGCCAGAAUCAUGACUGUGUUCUCCGGAAAACAGGUCUUUCCGUUGAACUUCGAGGCGGAGGUCUCUCAGAGGCUCAUUGAAGCUUCCCACUCUGGAGAUCUCAAAUCGGCUCUCGACUGCAUUUCCAAUCCUUGCGUCGACGUUAACUUCGUUGGCGCUGUGCAUCUCAAGAACAGGAAGACUGAGUUGGUGCUUAGUGAUGAAUCCGCCUCGCAAGUUCGCGUUGAGUAUGAUGAGUUCAAAACUGAUGUCACGGCAUUGUUCGUCGCCGUUCACACUGGAAAUGUGGUUCUUGUGAAGAAAUUGCUGGGCGUUGGAGCUGAUGUGAACCAGAAACUAUUCAGGGGAUUUGCGACGACAGCAGCAGUGAGGGAGGGCCAUCUUGAGAUACUCGAGAUCUUGCUCAAGGCUGGGGCAUCUCAGCCAGCUUGCGAGGAAGCUCUUUUGGAGUCAAGUUGCCAUGGACAUGCAAGGUCCGCAGAGUUGCUCAUGGGAUCAGAUUUGGUUCGACCCCACAUUGCAGUUCACGCCCUUGUUACUGCAUGCUGCAGGGGUUUUGUUGAUGUGGUGGACACACUUUUAAAGUGUGGUGUGGAUGCAAAUGCAACCGCCAGAGUGCUACUCCAGUCCUCUAAGCCUUCUCUCCAUACAAAUGUCAACUGUACAGCACUAGUCGCUGCAGUUGUUAGUCGAAAGAUCUCGAUUGUUCGUUUUCUUCUUCAGGCUGGAGCUCGGAUUGAUAUUAGCGUAAGGUUGGGAGCAUGGUCUUGGGAUAUGGAUACUGGAGAGGAGUUCCGAGUAGGUGCAGGAUUGGCAGAGCCUUAUGAUGUUACCUGGUGUGCAGUGGAGUAUUUUGAAGGCAGUGGUGCUAUCUUGGGCAUGCUUCUUCAACAUACGUCACCCAAUGUUCUUCACUAUGGAAGAACUCUCAUCCAUCAUGCUAUUCUUUGUGGCAAUGCAGCAGCUGUUGAUGUCCUUUCUAAAUGCGGGGCUGACGUUGAAUUCCCUGUCAAAGCAACCGGAAAUACAGAAUUUCGUCCGCUACACAUGGCUGCUCGAUUGGGGAUGUCAGCAGUAAUCAAAUGUCUCAUUGAUGCUGGCUGUGAUCUAAACUCAAAGACAGAUUCAGGGGAUACGGCACUUAUGAUAUGCGCAAAACACAAGUAUGAAGAAUGUCUAAAAGUAUUGGGUGCAGCUGGUGCUGACUUUGGCUUAGUCAAUGUAGCUGGUCACUCCGUGAGUUCAAUUGCUGGCUCAAAUCAAUGGUCCCUUGGUUUUCAAAGAACGGUGGCUGAUUUGAUAAAGUCUGGAAAAAGACCAAUUUCCAGCAAUAUGUCUGUCUUCUGUCCACUUAUCUUAGCGGCUCAAAGUGGUGAUACUGAAGCCUUGAAAGUUUUGAUUGGCUGGGGAGGAUAUGAUCUAGAUUACCAGGACGAUCAUGGUUUUACAGCAGCCAUGGUUGCGGCUUCAAAUGGUCAUGCUGAAGCUUUCCGGCUGCUUGUUUAUGCUGGUGCUGAUGUAAGGCUGAGCAAUAAAUCUGGUGAAACAGCAAUCACCUUGUAUCAGUUGCACCCAAAUCACGACCAAUUUGAGCAGGUGAUGCUUGAAUUCGCCCUCGACAUGGGCAGCCGUAAUGCAGCCGGUUUCUAUGCCUUGCAUUGUGCUGCAAGACGUGGAGACUUGGACGCAGUGAAGUUUUUGACGAAUAAAAGCUUCGAUGUAAAUGUUGUAGACGGUGAUGGCUACACUCCACUCAUGUUAGCUGCAAGGGGUGGCCAUGGAUCAGUGUGUAAACUUCUGUUAUCUCAUGGCGCCCAUGCGGAUAUACGAAGUACGAGAGGCGAAACUGCACUCUCUCUUGCAAGAAAAAACAAGAAGAGUGAAGCAGAAGAAGUGAUACUAGACGAGCUAGCACGUGGGCUGACGUUACAUGGUGCUCAUGUAAAGAAACACACCAGAGGAGGAAAAGGAAGCCCGCAUGGGAAAGAGUUGAGAAUGAUAGGAAGCAUGGGAAUGUUACGGUGGGGGAAGUCGAGCAGACGAAAUGUUGUCUGCCGAGAUGUCGAGGUUGGAUCGAGCCCGAGAUUCAUGAAGAACAGGCUUAAGAAGGGAGAUGGUAGUGAACCAGGAUUAUUCAGGAUAGUGACUGUGAAGAACAAGGAGGUGCAUUUUGUAUGUGAAGGCGGAAGUGAAAUGGCGGAGUUGUGGGUGAGAGGCAUUAAGCUAGUAACUAAAGAGGCGAUGAAGAUUGGUUGUAUAUAAAGCGGUGUUGUUUCUUAAGGUGUACUUCAUCUCGAAGUAUAUAUUCUUAUUUUCCCUUUUUGAAUCAAGGUAAGCAGUUGCUGUAAAUGCUCCAUCGCCUCUUAUAAUGGAUAGAGUUUCACCUCUUCUAAGGCAUUUUCUCUUUCCC